UGCACUUUGAAAGCAAUCCGAUUGUCUUUGAUGAGAUGGAAAUUGCACUGCAACGUUAACAAUCGUUCAUGCGGCCCUCGAACUACAGUGUCCACCACAUUCUUCGAACACAUAUAUCUUAACGGUUAUUGGACAUCAAAUUUCCGUCUUAUUCCCUACGCUGCCCGGAACAGCCGGGACGACGACCGUCUUCCCCCAAUACGCAUCUUGCAUGCGGAGUUCGUGUGAAGAUUGCACGAAAUUACCGCGUCAAAGCACCCAAGCAAGGCACGUCAAGUGCGUUCUUACUAAACUUGCCGCUGAUCUCUGAUUUGAAUUAUCCUCGUACAGAGCUAGGCUCAUACACCAUCCGGAGCACCACCACCCGGCGCCAGGUCUCUGUUCUAUCUGUUGCCCUCUAGCUUGGAGAAGUUGUUCGUUUACUUUUAAUCGUUCCUCCUUAGAUCCGUAUUCUGUAUCAACUGGAUCAAUCAUUUCUAGCGUUUGGAACACACGACUCCAUUCCCUGCCACAAUUCGUCCGUCCAAAUCUAGCACGUAUCUCCACACAACAGCAUCGGUGCUUAGCACUUUGACGAACACCACUAUGGCUGUAAUUCGACCGCGAAGUUCAAGUUUGCUUGAAAAGAUGAAUAUACCACCGUAUUUAACAAAAAUAAAGAUGGUGGACCUCGCUGAGUUCACAGAACUUGAGCAGGGCCAUUUCCCUAGACCUAAAUUUGCAAACGCACGGUUGCUCGCAAAUGGCGUACAGUUACCGCAAAGUAUAGCGCACAGAGGGUACAAAGCUGCGUAUCCUGAGAACACCAUGGUGAGCUUCGUAGGAGCUGUUGAGGCGGGAGCACACGCGUUGGAGACCGAUAUCCACCUUACCAGAGACGAUGUGGUAGUUCUUUCGCACGAUCCAACCCUUAAACGAUGCUUCGGUCGACCAGAGAAAAUAAUCGACUGUGAUUGGAACUUCAUUUCAAAGCUGAGGACUACGGCCGAGCCACCGUCCCCCAUGCCUCGCUUGAAAGACCUUCUUGAAUACUUAGCAUCCCCUGGCCUCGAGAACAUCUGGGUCCUCCUGGACAUCAAGCUUGACUGUGAUCCAACAGAUGUGAUGCGCUUGAUUGCUGCCACAAUCGCUUCCGUACCUCCCUCACCCAAGCGUCCUUGGAAAGAUCGAAUUGUUCUGGGAAUUUGGGCUACAAAGUACCUCUCGCUAUGUGAGGAUUAUUUGCCGGACUUUCCUGUAUGCUUCAUUGGCUUUUCGACAUCAUAUGCGCGGCGCUUCUUCUCAGUGCCCAACAUCUCAUUUAACAUGUUACACCAAGUGCUUCACGGGCCGGUGGGUGCGUCAUUUAUACGCAAAGCUAAGGAGCUGAAUCGCGAAAUUUUUGCGUGGACGGUCAACGAUGAAAAUAGAAUGAGAUGGUGCAUUCGCAAGGAGCUUGAUGGCGUGGUCACAGACGAUCCAAAAAAAUUUCUCGAAAUUUGCAAAGACUACGAAGAGCUUCCAGUGGAAAAAAGUGUGAAGUCGAAAGAGAAGUAUAAAAUGGGCGAUUGGAUGCAUAUUCUAAAAAUACAGGUUUUGGUGACAGUGUUUUUCAUGCUGUUUAGAUUCAAGUACGGGUGGACCGUAGAGGCGAAGUAUAAGCAUGUGCCAAAACGGAGGAAAGGAACGGGUUGGCAAGAAAAGACCGUAGAAAGAACUUUGUAGAUAAACUUUUCCUUUUCUUGGACCUAGUUGAUACUUUUGAAGGCUGAGCGGGAUUGAAUGAAUAGAUGCUAAAUGAAAGUCUGCGAGAGGCCAGAAUGAUCCUGAAUUCGGACGAAA